AAUACUUUCACAAACGCCCAGGAUUUACAGAAGACUUUUCUGCCGACCAGUUUGCAACACAAUUCUCCUCAACGCUGUAGAGGCCCACGCAAGAUGACUUCCAUGGACGAGAAGAAAGUACUGCCAUCCUUCGAAAUGGGCGGAGUCUCCCAGGAUGAGAUUGCAAUGAUCAAGAGAGAGGCGCAGGCGAGUAGGCUGCAUCGCCUGAAAGUUCCGCUUGCAGUCGCCGGCGUGAUUGUGAUUCUACUGGCGGUGGGCGGCACCCUUCUGGGCCUGUACCUCACCCGCCCGGACUCGGUUGUCAGGCGCUCCUUGGACUUCCGUGUGGACGGCCGGGAGUUGCGCGAGACUGUGGAGACUGACAAGGAGGCCAAAACCGACUCCUUCUGCACCGAGAGUGCCAAAGCGGCGGGCUGUGUCAUGUAUGACCACCAAGCGGGCUUGAAGGCGUUCAAGUUCACCGGCCGAGAAAUCUGCUACAUCAUGGAGGAGGCAGAGAGGGAAGCCAGACAGGCGACAAAAAUGGCAAAGCAACUAGAGGAAGAAGAGGAGGGAUCGCUGCAGCAUGCCAACAGUGGCGGAAAAAGGAUGAUGUCACUGGAUACGGAGCGAACUGGCCUGCCUGUGCUGAGUGAGAAGCUGGAUGAUUUCUGUGGAGACCUGGAGCCGCGCUGGGCCAAGCUCACCCAGGCCACGCCGGACAAACAAGAUGAGACUACUGGCGUGGAGAUGAUUGUCCCAGCCGUUGGUGACCGCGUCAAGCGUGGUUGGUUCAUCCGCAUCCGCAUCAGAAUCACCAUUACAAUUUGCUUUUAGUAAAGUGAAGUCAGCGAGACUGUAGAGCUGUAAUAGUACGUUUUGGUACGCCAAUAUAAUAUUGAGGUAUAUCAUGCCCUAGCCUGUUUGCCUUUUGUUAAUGCUAUCCAUAGAUGCAAGAAAGACUCUUCAGCUAAAUACACGGCAAUAUAGUAUAAUAGUCAGAAUAUCUAGUGUGUACUGAAGUAAUGGGUACUGAAUUUUACUAGAAAAAUGAACUUGUUUCUCUAUAUCAAGAAUUAGAAUUUUGACAAUUUUGCCAUUAAGCUAACCAUUCCAUAUACAAAGUAGAAAGCUUAGCGUCAAUUUGAAGACGUAUACGUAAUUUCAGUUCUAUACCAUCAACCGGAUCAGCUUUGUAUAGCAUCUACAAAGGAAUAUUUAACGUUAUCUGUCGUUGUGCGCUUGCUACAGUAAUUGAAGCCGUUGUGUGCGAUAUUUCUAACGGUAGAUCCUUGGGAUUUAUGUGAAGUGUCCGUCGCUAAUAACCACUUCUUUAAAAUACUUUUUGUGAGAAGAUUUUAGCUAUCAAUGCCAAGUGACUGUGGUUUAUAAGCAGGUCUGGUGUGAAUAAACUGGGACAUGGAAAAGUUCAUAAAAA